GCACCAACGAGAUUGCCGGAAGGUCACAUUAUCCAUGUGGCAUGGCAUUGCGGUCUGUCACAGUUGCCGUAUGUUUACGUCAGCUUUUUCUCGCUAGAACUCCGCAGCGGCAGCUAAAUUUGAGUGUGAAAAGUCUCGCCGGUUCCUGGGGCUCUAGGAAAGCAUUUCAAGGUAAAAAGGCGUGGAAGGCUUGGCAAGAAAGCAGCGUUUUUGACCACGACAUGGGGGACUGUGACGAGGUUCUGGCGCCGUUGCGAGCGGCAGUGAAGGAACAGGGUGAUUUAGUACGGAAGUUAAAGGAGGAAAAGGCGGACGUAAAUGAUGUCAAGAAGGCGGUAGUUGAGCUGAAAGCACGCAAGAAGGCUCUGGAGGACAAGGAGCUUGCCCUAGCCCCCAAGGAUGACUUUGACCGUCUCAAGAUGGAAGACGCGCUUAAGAGGCGAUUCUUCUACGACCAGUCAUUUGCCAUAUAUGGAGGGGUGAGCGGUCUGUAUGAUUUUGGUCCCGUCGGCUGUGCGCUGAAAGCCAACUUCAUCAACCUAUGGAGGAACCAUUUCAUCAUUGAGGAAGGCAUGCUGGAGGUGGAUUGCAGCAUGCUCACGCCCGAGUCUGUCUUCAAGGCAUCUGGCCAUUUGGAGCGCUUUGCAGACUACAUGGUCAAGGAUCUGAAGACAGGAGAAUGCUUCAGGGCAGACCAUCUACUCAAAGCACAUCUUGAGAAACUCCUACAAGACAAGAAGACGACUUCCCAGCAGCGCGACGAGUGCACCACAGUCCUGGCGCGGCUGGACAACUACACUAAAGAGGAGCUGGGAGUGUUCUUCAAGAAGUACGAGCUGAAGUCGCCCCUGACCAACAACAGCCUGAGCGAACCCAUGGACUUCAACCUCAUGUUUGGCACCUCCAUCGGGCCCACUGGAAACAUGCCAGGCUACCUUCGGCCCGAAACAGCCCAGGGUAUAUUUGUCAACUUCAAGCGUCUUCUAGAGUUCAAUCAGGGUAGGCUGCCGUUUGCCGGGGCCCAGAUCGGCAACGCCUUCAGGAAUGAGAUCUCUCCCAGGUCUGGCCUCAUCAGAGUACGGGAGUUUACUAUGUGCGAGAUUGAGCAUUUCAUCGACCCAUCCCAUAAGGACCAUCCCAAGUUUCCCUCGGUAGCUGAUCUCAAGGUCAAGAUCUUCUCUGCCUGUGAUCAGAUGGCCGGCAAGUCAGCCUCCCAGAUGUCCAUCGGUCAAGCCGUUGAACAGGGCAUCAUUGCAAAUAGGGUGCUGGGCUACUUCAUGGCCCGCAUCUACCUGUUCAUGAUCAAGGUUGGCGUGGACCCAGACAAGCUCCGAUUCCGUCAGCACCUUGACAACGAGAUGGCUCACUACGCCAAGGACUGCUGGGAUGCUGAAUGCAAGACGUCAUACGGUUGGGUAGAGUGCGUUGGGUGUGCUGAUAGGUCAUGCUACGAUCUUAGCUGUCAUACCAAGGCCACCAAAGUGCCGCUAGUUGCUGAGAAGAAACUCCCAGAACCGAAGAUCAUUGACGUGGUCGAGGCUGUCCCGCAGAAGGGCAUUGUGGGUAAAGCCUUCAAGAAGGACGCCAAGGUGAUCAUGGAGCACAUGGCCUCGCUGUCGGAGGACCAGGUCGUUGAACUCGAGAAGAAUCUCAAAGAGAAAAGUGAAGCUGAGUUUCAAGUAGAUGGGAAGUCCUUCAGUCUCAAGCCAGACAUGGUGACCAUCAAGAGAUACCAGAAGACACUGCAUGUUGAAGAGAUCCAACCGUCUGUUAUCGAGCCUUCAUUUGGUGUGGGUCGCAUCCUCUACGCUAUCCUGGAACACAACUUCAAAGUCCGGGAAGGAGACGAACAGAGAACGUAUUUCACCUUGCCAGCCAUCAUUGCGCCUUACAAAUGCUCCGUUCUGCCUCUCAGUAGCAACAAGGACUUUGAGCCACUGGUCCAGAGUCUAUCAAAAGCACUUUCCGAGGCCAACAUCUCCCACAAGGUGGACAGUAGCUCAGGCUCCAUCGGGAGGCGAUACGCCCGGACCGAUGAGAUAGCUAUCCCAUUCGGGAUAACCGUGGACUUUGACUCCCUCAAGGAGCCCCAUACAGCCACGCUACGGGAACGGGAUACCUUGAAGCAAAUUCGUGCUCCAGUGGAUGAGUUGCCCACAAUCGUCAAAGAUUUGUCCGACGGCAAGACAACGUGGCGGGACGUACUUCAGAAGUACCCCAGCUUCGAGGGGCAGGAAAGUACAUCUGGUCAAUAGAGGGCGCUGUUCACAGUCAACUCGAGCUAUUUGUGAGUUAAAUUUGAAAGAAAAACAAACAAACAAACAAACAAAUAAACAAACAAGCAAUCCCCUGUCUGGAGAUAUCAAAUUUUCAAGUGCGAAUGAAUAUGUAGUAGAUAAGAGUUUGGGUGCAAGGCGGCAAUCAAUCUUAAAACGUCCUUAAAUAACAAAUUUCGUUGUCCUUUUUAAAGUUGAGGGCGGCACAUAAACCUGGCAACAGGGACCUGGGACAAUUUUAUGUCUUUGCCUUAUUAUAACCAUGACCUCCAAUUUGUGCUUUUCCAAUAAUAGCAAUUUUAAUAUGUAUUUGCAAGCAGCAGUUGAGGAAAUUCAAUGAAAUUAACAAACGAUAAAAAAAUAUAAAACAAUAAAUUGCAAAAAUGUAUGAAAGCUGCUUUUUAUCAUCAUCGAAAUGUUUAAUACACUGUACUGGCAUUAU